UACCCUGAGGGCUCUGUGGCGAAGGUCUCCUCACCCUGCUCACCCCUCAGAGCGAGCCCUCCGCAACCUCCCCUCAGCGGCAGCCCCGCCCGCUUCUCCCAUCUCCGCCUCCCCGUUCUGCGCGCGGUUGGGACGGGCGGUGGCGGCGCCGUGCCGGGUCGACCCGCGACCCCCGACGGCUGCCAUGUUGCGCCCCGCCGGGUACUUCGCCGCUUUCCCCUGCCCCUUCGACCGGGCGGAGGGCGGUGGCUGCUGGCGGCCGCACUGCCAGUACCUGCACGAGGCGUCGCGGCGGCCGGCGGCCGGGGGGUCUCCGUGUGCCGUCGCCGGCCCCUCGGAGGGGCCGUCUGUCUCUUCCAUAACAAAAGAAGAUGGAAAUGCUAAGCAGCAGUUGGCUAAGCCAACAGAAGUAUUUCCCUGUGAAUAUCAAGAGGGGAAUUCAAAAGUGUCUCCAUUUAAGAGGGAAUUCACAAAGAGGUCAAGAAGCUAUUCCCCGGUGGAACUUGAAGAAUCUGAUCAUGAAUUUGAUCUUGUCAUUGAUGUGCCACCACUUAUUGUUAAUAAAAGACCAAGAAAAAAUAGGGACUAUAAAAACUUGAAUAGAGAAGAAGAACUGGAUGCUGUAAUACGUGCAGAAGAAUUGCAUGGUAGUGCCAUAGCAGAUGAUCCUGGGUAUACAGCAGAAAAAUCGGAGAAAAUAGUUGAGUUGCAGGAGAGUGGCAAAUGUUUAAAUGAAUCUGAAAAAGCAGGGAGUGUUUCUCUGAAAGCAAAUAAAAUUUAUUUGCCUGAUGUAAACACUGAAACAUUGAAGAUUUCUGAGCAGAGAGAGAGGCGUGCUUGUACCUCACAGAAACAUAAAUCUGCUUUUGCUGAGGCGGAUGUGCAGAAGGAGAUUCCGAAGCAAGAGAAAGCAGAAAGAAAUAUAUUGGUCAAAGAAUUUGUUCAGGAAUAUACUGCUAGUGAAAACUGUGUGGGCAGUGGAAGAGUAACACAGUCUGUCUUGUGUACUAGCCACUCGUCUGGAGAUGAAGCUGCAAUAGAAAGACCUGGCAAGCAAAGAAUAUUAAAUACAGAGAAAAGUUGCAGCACUGAUAAAAAUGGGGGAAAUGAUAGCCCACAGGAUAUGUACUCAUAUCCAACUGAUUUCUUAAACAUGGGCAAGGAGGCUUGCUCUGGUACAGUUUUACAGACCAAAAACACUGAUAAAAGCAGUUCUGUUGAACCUGCUUGCACAAACAAGAAAGAAGGGGAAAUACGUUUGAGUUCAUCUGCUGAAGAAAUGGAAUCCAGUGGGGAGGACACAGAGCUCUCAGAUUCAGAUGAUCCUAUAGAGGAGUGUCGGAGGAUUUUUGAGGAGUUUGAGAGAGAGGCACGAAAGAAAGACAGUGAUAAGCAGACUUGUGGAGAAAAUGUGGAUGCCAGUUUAUUAGAAACCGAAGUUAAUGUUGCUGGACAAAAGAGAAGAAUUGCACACACGUCAAAAUUUGAUGUACAUAACAAAAAUGAAAUGGAGCCUUUCAAAGGAUCUCCUGUGCAGCAGGGUCUGAAUAAUGCAAGAGUCCAGACGGCACAGUCAAAAGCAAGGGAGUUAACAGCUUUUAUUGCUACAGAUUUUGGACAGAAGAAGCCUAUGUCUAAAUGGUCAGCUAUUCAAGUCCAAAGUAACAGAUCAACUGCUUCUUCAAAGUUGCGUGAAGUUCAGCCUGUUGAAACCGUCAGUGGUCAACUGCGUAUACCAAUUGAAGGAAAUGCUGAAACAGUAAAGCCGUGCAGACUGUCUGUUGGUUCAUUUGAAAGGACUGUUGUCAUGCCAUACGAGGAUUCUACUCAGAAAAAGCCUUCCAUUCCUGAAUCGGGAUCUAAAGUACCACGGGAGAUAAGGCAGCGAUAUUUCAAACUUUUUUUUGAACAAUACCGCAAAAUUUGUAACACGGUGAAUGAAGCUGGUGGCAAGGCCCGGAUAGAAGAGCAAUCUAUUUAUGAUCGUUGUGGCAGUAAAAACAUGUACUUGAAUUUUGCUGUAAAGACACUGAAAAAGCUGAGAGAUCAUGGGCGAUUUAGUGACAUCAAGACUCCCAGUGGUGCUGGAUCUGUAAAGUCAGACGAAAAGAAAGAACUCGCAGGUGGUGUUCUGUAUGGACUUUUAAAAGAUUACCUUCUAACUGAGCAACAAUUGAAUGAAAAUAACUUCCCUCGACCAAAUCCUGAAAGAAAUGGUAGUGCUAUAUUUCAUGGAGUUACAAAAAAAGCUGUUUCAGAUAAUUUCAGAAAAACAUGCUGUAGGUGUGGUGAAGUAUUUACUGUUAGUUCAGGAAAACGUAGACUUAAAGAAUGCAGCUACCAUUCUGGUAGAGUGUUGGAACAAAAAGUUCCUGGUGGCUUGGAAAAACGCUAUAGCUGUUGUGAGGGAAUAGUUGGGUCUGCUGGGUGUCAGAUUGCAAAGCUUCAUGUUCAUGAUGGGAGAAAGGAGAAGUUGUACGGCUUUGUGAAGACAUUAAUUAAAUCACCGCCUUCUGAUAGAAACCAUGGUAUAUAUGCCCUGAACUGCAACAUGUGUUAUACAACCCAAGGCUUGGAACUUACUAGAGUGACAGUGGUUGAUGAUAAGCUACAGGUUGUCUAUGAUACGUUUGUUAAACCUGAUAGUGAAGUUGUAGACUACAAUACAAGAUUCUCAGGAGUAACAGAGGAUGACUUGAAGAAUACUACAACAACUCUUCGGGAUGUACAGGCAAUACUGCUGAACUUGUUCAGUGCAGAUACAAUUUUGAUUGGACAUAGCUUAGAAAAUGAUUUGUUUGCUCUCAAGCUGAUUCAUGACACAGUAGUGGACACAUCACUAGUAUUUCCUCAUCGGUUAGGUCUGCCUCACAAAAGAGCACUUCAGAAUCUGAUGGCUGACUACCUCAUGAGAAUUCAUCAGGGUGAUGUUGAUGGCCAUAAUUCCAGUGAAGAUGCAAUUGCAUGUAUGGAACUAAUCCUCUGGAAAGUAAAGGAGGACAAUAAAAGGAGAAAAUGAUGAUGAUUUUGGCUUUGAAGGAACAGGAUGGUGGGACUAAAAUUCAACCUUGAUUUGACUCACUAAUGACUGUAAUUUGACUCUAAUGCUUCAGUUACAAUUAUUUUUCGGGUGUAAAAGAGGGCAGUGGGAAAACUUAAUGUGAAAAUCAUAAUUCAUCUACUAUGCUUAAGAUGUACAGCAAAGAACAUAAAUGCACAAAAUACAAGUAAGAUACACUGAGUAAAUGCUUCUGUGUUAAAUAGCAAGUCUGUUCUGUUAAAAUAAUACUUUCUGUAAUCAUCCUUACUACUAUGUGUAGCUGUAAACUAUCAAUCACAGUGACUGAAAGCACUUGUCUAAAGUUCUGGAGAUAAUUUGAUUUCUUCUUGUUCAGCCUCCAGCAAAUAAAGCUUCAGUGCUCUAA